CAAAACCCCGUCACGGCCGUUACAUCAAAUUCCGUGCACUCACCCGGCGCACGUUAGCAUCUCUCGCCAUUACCCGCGACUGGGAAAAAAAUAAAAAGACCUCCUGAUAUCUCUCUCUCUGCAGUGCAACAAACAAACACCAAAUUCAUUCUCAGAAAAAAAAAAAAAAACACCAAAUUAGCUUCGAGAAUUCCAAUUCUACCCUCCGCUCACCGCCCAAUUUACCAAUGCCUCCAACCUCCACCACCACGGCGGCGGCUAGGCGCCAAAUCAGCUCUCGCCGCCGCACAUCGGCACCUCGGAGGCGGUCGCCGCCUCCGUCACCGCCUCCGAAGAGGAUGAAGCUGUUGACGGAGAUACUGCAGAAGGCGGCGUAUGCGGUGGUGGAGAGGGAGGACUACGGCGAUGUCAGCUGCGAACAAUGCCGCUCCGGGGAACGAUCGGAGGAGCUGUUGUUAUGUGAUAAAUGUGAUAAAGGAUAUCACAUGAAGUGCUUGAGACCGAUUGUUGUUAGGGUUCCGAUUGGCUCGUGGAUUUGUAACAAGUGCUCUGGAGAUGGCCAGAGACGUGUAAGAAGGUUAUCGCAGAGGAAGAUAAUCGAUUUUUUUAGGAUUCAGAAGUGUAAGAAGGAUGAUAUUAAAAUGAAAUGCCGGUCCCUACAAGACUCUAGGAAGCGCCGGAGACGUUCAUUGGUGUAUCAAAAGAAAAGAAGGAGACUGUUGCCGUUUAUUCCAUCAGCAGAUCCCACCCAAAGGCUGAAACAAAUGGGCACCCUUGCUUCUGCGUUAACGGCAUUGCACAUGGAAUUUAGUGAUGAUUUAACCUACUUGCCUGGCAUGGCUCCUCAAUCAGCCAAUCAGGCCAAGUUUGAGCAGGGUGGCAUGCAGGUUCUUUCCAAGGAGGACAUAGAGACAUUGGAACAGUGCAGAGCCAUGUGCAAAAGGGGCGAAUGCCCUCCUCUUUUAGUUGUUUUUGAUUCAUGUGAAGGAUAUACAGUUGAGGCAGAUGACCAGAUAAAGGAUUUGACCAUCAUAGCAGAAUACUCAGGUGAUGUGGAUUACAUCAAAAACCGAGAACAUGAUGAUUGUGAUAGCAUGAUGACCCUUCUUUUGGCAAGAGACCCAUCCAAAAGCCUUGUCAUCUGCCCUGAUAAACGUGGAAAUAUUGCUCGCUUUAUCAAUGGCAUUAACAACCAUACCCCGGAUGGUAAGAAGAAGCAGAAUUGUAAAUGUGUGAGAUACAGUGUAAAUGGGGAAUGCCGGGUCAUUUUGGUUGCUACUCGUGAUAUUGCUAAAGGGGAGAAGCUAUACUAUGAUUAUAAUGGAUAUGAGCAUGAAUACCCCACUCAACAUUUUGUUUGAGAAAACUUAUAGAUAUCUAACAAUCCUACGGAACUGGGAUGCAAUUUUGGAUCCAGCUAGAUCCUUUCUCAUCCGGCGUUUUAUUUCAGGGUUUACUCAUUGCUAUUGCAGAGUCAAAAAGCAUUUCUUCUAAUGUAUCCAUGGGCUAUUUAGUAAUUUAUGAUGUAGAGCUGGCCUUUUCUGAGACCAUGACAUAAAUAGAGCAGGAGAGAAACUUUCCUUAGAAUUUAGCCUAGGAAUAUUUUGAAGGAAAAUUUUUUGUAAUACAGAUUUCAAUGGAAUAUUGCAACUUGCAUUCCUUGGCAUCCUCUGCGUUAAUAAUCUGUUGGUCUUUUACAAAGUAUUUCCAUUAAAAAUAUCCAUUCGUGCUUUUUUUAAUUGUUUCCCCCUCUACAUUUCACUAACUAAAUUUUUUUAAAUGCAAUUUUGUAUUUUCACCUUUGUUAUGAUUUGCUGGUUCAUAAUCUGUAGAAAAGCAAGUAUUGCUAUCAGUUGCUUUACAUAUUGAUGCUAUAUUUUCUGUCAGCCCUAUUUGUGAUUCAAUUUGAUCCAUCAUGUUGGAGUAGAACACUGGAAUGAAUGCUUUAUUGCAGAGGCUUUCAUGGUGUAUCUAAUCAACUCUGGUUCAAUAUAUGCUGCAGCUUUUCAUGAAAUUUCGCUGACAUAUCUUUCUGUAUUCUCUUCAGUUUUUACGUUCUGACUUCUCAAUUGUGAAUUUUGAGAUAUUCCAUUUAUCCAUGGAUAAUUCAAAGGGAUUCUUCAAAGCUGCUGAUAAGAGUUAACUGGGACAUGAGAUGUGCUGUGCACCUUUGGAUGCUUGUUGCUGGUUGUCUCAUGUUGGCCUCCUAUUCCUAUGCAUACAAAAUUUUUGUUUAUUUUGAAAGAUCAAUUAAGCUGCUGGGUCCAGUGCCUAUACACCAAGGCUGUUCAAGAUCUUGAUGUGAAUGCCUUCGAUUGUUGCUUAAUGCAUGCAUUAUAGAGGCUGUUUCUUGGAAUCAUAAGGCUUGAGGUUCAAGUCUCGAGAGCAGCCAAUUCAUUUGGCAUAACUGAAAGGGUUGUACAAUCUCCAAAUUCUCAUUCAAAUUCACUUAUGUGGAUUCGUGGACAUUUUGGUUUCACUUAUAUUUAUACCUACUCAUGACAAUGCACGUGUGAUGCAUUAUUUUCAGGUUUGACAAGAUGGUUUGCUUCUUUCAAGUUGCUGUUUGUUGAUGUUUGAUCUAAACAGACAGUGAGAAUCCUUAUGGACAGCAUCACCACUCUAGGAGGUAUCAAUUUUGUUAGCUGGAAAUUUCAUCAGACGAAAAAAUCUUCACAAAUUUUGAAAUCUUCAAGCCGAGGGUUCUACAUGCUUGAGAGUCAGGUUCAAGUUGUGCAUCUAAAGCUGUGUUUCAAUUAUUUGAUUUGCAGCUCAGCAUUGGAUAGAAAGAUCAUUUCCAGGUGCUGAUUUUAGGUAUCUGACAAUUACAGGUGACUGAAACUGGAUAUGGAAUGACUAAAACAGUUUCGAUGCAGGUGAAAUAUAGUAAGUUCAUCUGUUAAGCUUUCAAACUGUGCAUAUCACGGUCUGUACAGAAUGUCAAGCUUGUGUAACGUUUCUUUUACCAGAAUUCUUGUUCGCCUAACUGAUUAAAUGAACUUUAUGUUCAAUGAUUUGUCAGAUACUUCGCACUCUGUUAAAAGUUUAUGCAAUGAAAUUAAAUAAUGUAA